GAGCACAGUACACUAAGAAUCGGUGAAGUCAACUCCAGGGUUCAAUUUUUACGCAAUAGGUUUUACAUAUACUACAUUUUAGCACAGUGUUCGGACAUGGCCAAAAACAGGAAGAAAGCGACAUUCCAUUGGAAAAGGCUUGUGGCUCUCGCUGUCAAUAUUUUAAUCACGAGGGUUUUUGUUUGUGAUUGCAAAAUUCACGCAAACCAAAAGGGAAUCGAUUUGCCUGAUGCAAAGGACAUGCAGCACAAUAACCCAAUCAUCUUCACUUCAAUUGGACAACUUCAUCUCUCCUUGUCCGCAACAUAUUCAAAAAGAAUCCGUCCGGAAAGGGUGGUGCUGAAUGUCGGACAUGGUCUCAAGCCCACCAUUGGAUACUUCGUAGCCCCACGGGACGGAAUUUACUUGUUCAACUUCGCAGGAUUGCUGAAUGAUGUAGACAUUGCAAAUCAGUGUGUUUUGCUGCAGCACAUGGGGCACGAGGAAUACGAUUCCGAGUUGACCUGGAAACUCCCAGACCCGAUGACUCUCGCUGGCCACAGCCUAGUGAGCAUGAAGAAAAGUGAAGUCAUGGAAUAUUUCGGAAGAGCGGAUUCCUCUACCACGGACUACUUGAAUUCCCUUGGCUUUCUGCAUAAUAACUGGUGGCGACUCAGUGGGAGACUCAUUGCUGAUUCAAAUGACCUGGAUGCAGUUGCCUUCUCAGUGGCAGAAAUACCGGAUGACUCUAUGGAGUCUCCCAAAGAAUUUCACUGGAAUAUUGGCAAUGGAUUCAACAGCGCCAAAGGAACUUUCAUCGCUCCUAAAGCCGGCUUAUAUCACUUCUUUCUGCAGUUUGCAGGACAAGGAAAUCAGGGUGAGGCAAGGAUUGAGAAACCGGACCUUGUGUUAGCUGCAGGAUUAAUCGGGGAGUUUGAUGAACACAGCGUUGAAAUUGACACCAUCUGCAAAUUGGACGAGGGAGAAUCUGUUUUCGUUUCCAUCUUGGGAAAGAUCGUCGUGAAUCUUAACGAAAUUAAAUUCUCUGGAUUCCUUGUAAAAUGA